UUAACCAUUCGUAGCACAUUCCUUCUACAGAACCCACAAACACCAUAUAUUCAAUAUCAGCUGCUUGUUCUCAUAGCUAGCUACUCCAAUGGCUUCUAAAUUUGUCUUCAUAACCCUUGCAGUGGCAGCUCUUGCACUUUCUCUAUGUGUGCAAGGAACGCUAGGAGGAACAACAUGCGAGCAACUGGACCAAGAUACAUGUGCAUUCGCGGUGUCGUCAUCGGGAAAACGGUGCGUUUUGGAGAAGCACGUGAAGAGGAGCGGACAGGAAGUGUAUUCGUGCCGUACAUCGGACAUCGAGGCGGACAACAAACUCAAUGAUUGGAUCGAGACGGAGCAGUGCAUCAAAGCGUGUGGUCUCGACCGCAAAACGUUCGGCAUCUCGACCGACUCUCUCCUCGAAUCCACUUUCACUCAGAAACUCUGCUCCCCACAGUGCUAUGACAACUGCCCCAACAUCGUUGACCUCCAUUUCAAUCUCGCCGCUGGUGAAGGUGUAUUUCUUCCAAAACUAUGUGAAGCACAAGGAUCGAAUGCUCGUAGGCAAAUGGCUGAGUUGCGUAGCUCUGGUCUGGUUGCACCAGGACCAGCGAAGCAUGGUGUGAAACUUGCUGCUGCACCGAUUGUCAGCGCUGAGCCACCUUUCUCAAUUUAAUUUGUUCUCCUUUCAUAUAAACAGUUCUGGGAGUUAGCAUUUAAUAUAUAUAUAUAUAUAUAUUAUAGUUUGAUACAUAGAUAUACUCGGGUUUCAAUGAGAGAGAUAGAAAGAGUUUAAUUAGUAGCCGGACUUGAUUACAGUAUUGUUCGCAUUGGUUGUAAUCGGGUUAUGUGCUGGGGUGUGCUAUUCAAAAUCUAUGUGUGUUGUUUAAGGCUUUGUUUUAACAUUAAUGUUCAUUAAUUACUCUAUUUUAUUUAUGCUUUA